CUCUGCUCAGCUGAGCUUCACGGGCGUAACGAAAUCUUGCUCAAAAUUCCCGAACAGCUCAAGUCUACCUGGCUUGCGAAGCAAUCUCUUCUCGUUUCCGUCAGCAGGGGCGCCAAUGACAUCUCACCCAAGUCCACAAAGAUUUCUACGGUCGACGAGGGAUUCCUCAUAAAGAUAUCCCAGAAGGAGGCUCACGGCAUACUUGAUGUGUCCAUCGCCACCACCCGCAAGCCCAAGAUCAACGAGACGUUCCAAGUCAAUUUUGGCAGAUACAUGAUUGUUGAGGCUUACGAUGUUGGCAAGCAGCUCGUGAAGGGUCUUGCACAGUCGGUUGUGGACACGGUCAACGGUACAACAGCAUGGGUUGAGGAGACUUGCAUGCCGGCCUUUGACACAGUUUCGAAACAAGUUUCUGGCCAGACGGCAUCGGUCUCGGACUCUGUCCUGCAAAGCUUCCGAGAUGCCUUGGACAGGCCGACGCAGUUAGCAGGCCAAAUCAAGAGGUCACUUUCCAAAGAUAUGGUCAAGGAUCGUGUCUAUCAGGUGGAAGUCGAGUUGCUGCGUGACGUCGAAGAUGCUCGCGGCGAAAUGGGCUUGGGUCUACUCGCUGCGCAGAUCAAUGCUAAGCUUUGGUGGUUGAAGUUGCAAGGGAAGACCGAUGAGCACCAGCGCUACUUGGAAGCUGCCGAGCUCUACUAUAAGCGACACGAAGCAGAUGUUUUGGUUGCCCGAGAGCAGCGAGCUGAGCGUGCCAAGAAGGAAAUUCAAGCCCGAAGAAAGCAACAACCGCAAGAGGUAAAA